CGGAAGUAGGUCGUAUCUACUAUUCAUUGUAAAAAUUCCAAGAUGAAAAUGGCAAACGAACCAGUACCAGUUAUUAGAAGAAAUCGGCCGGGCACAAAAACAAAGGAUUGGUGUAACUGGGAAGAUGAGUCAUUUGAAGAAAUGGACAGCACAUUGGCAGUUCAGCAGUUCAUCCAACAAGCCAUCAGAAAAGAUUUCACAAAUGUUGAAGAUAUCCUAAAUCCACCAGAUGGCCAGGAUGAAGGUGUAUGGAAGUAUGAACACCUCAGGCAGUUCUGUAUGGAAUUAAAUGGUUUAGCUGUGAAGCUACAGGUAGAAUGUAAUCCAGAAACAUGCACUCAAAUGACAGCAACUGAACAAUGGAUUUUCCUAUGUGCAGCUCACAAAACACCAAAAGAGUGUCCUGCAAUUGAUUACACAAGGCAUACAUUAGAUGGAGCAGCUUGUCUUCUUAACAGUAACAAAUAUUUCCCUAGCAGGGUGAGCAUAAAGGAUUCCUCUGUGGCCAAAUUAGGAUCUGUUUGUCGUCGUGUGUACAGGAUAUUUUCCCAUGCAUAUUUUCAUCAUCGUACACUCUUUGACCAGUAUGAGAAUGAAACUUACUUAUGUCGGCGCUUCACUCAGUUUGUAACAAAAUAUAAUCUAAUGUCUAAAGACAAUCUAAUUGUACCAAUAAUGGAAGAUCAACAAACUUUAGAAGGAGAAAGUGAAGCAUAAACAAAUUUAGGAAUUAUGGAUCUAUUUAACAUACAGGAAGUAUCAACUAAUGCAUUUAAUCUAAUUAUCUGUGUAGAUCAUAAAAGUCAUAAUCUGGACCGGUAGUCUUUUGUAAAUAUUUAACUCUUAGGAAUAUACCAAUGUGAAAUAGGGAAGUGUUGACUGUGACCAUUAGCUUUUACAUUUUUUGUUAUAUGGUUAUAUUAUGAUGUUUAAGAUUAUAUUUAAUUUUUAACCUAUUAGCUUUCUGCUAGAUGAAAGAUUAUUUUUUUUAAUUGAAGAAGUUUGUACAUGAUAAGCGAGCUGAAAUGUACAGUUAAGAUUAUUACAUUGUUGCUCCAAUGUUUACAUAAUUUUUUAGUUAGUGCAAUUGUUUUAUUUAAGAGGUGUGCUUGUUAAGUGAAAGAGGGUUAACUUGAGAUUAUGGUGAAUGAAUUUUGCAUGGUGGUUGUAUGGAUAAAUGGUGAAUUAAAUUGUAAUGUAAUAUUAUGUACAUAGUGCAAUUAUGAUGUAUUUUCUUUCAAAUUAAAACCUAGAUGUGAAUUCAUUUGUAUAAAUAUAUGUAUAUAUGCAGUAGGUCUCCAGGUUUUCAAAUCUAAUCCUACCCAAAACUGUAUUCAUAACCAGUAUUCUGUUUCCUAUAAAUUAAAAGCAUUUUUAUUAUCUUAAUGUAUUUUAGAGAAACUAAAAAGUUACGAUUGCCCCAAAAUGACAUUAAAAUGCAGCUUGCACUUUUUGUGAGGUUAUAUAAAAUUGUGAUUUUGAGUUUAAAAAAAACAUUUUACAUCUUUUUGCCUCCAAAAUUAUAAUUUCUCUUUCUAUCAUAAAUUAUUAAAUGCACUCUUUGAAAUUAAAAAUCUACUACCAUACUGAGUAUAUAUAUAUAUAUAUUGUGCAAUAUAGUCUUAUAUAACUGGACUUAAAAGAAAAUUCAGAACAAUUGGGAAACACUUGUUGUUUUCUCAUUGGAUCACUACCUGGAUGACUUCUGUAUAUCAAUAUAUAAUUUAUAUAAAAAAAUCGACAAAGUAAAUUUAGACUACUAGUUCACUAGCCUGUCAAAAAUUUUUUUUUACAAUAUUUUUCUGGUUUGUUCCUUACUGCCAAUAACUUCGAAAAUGUUGCAUCACAACUUUGCUG